AUGUCCCAAACCUACAUCGACGACCAAGACCCCACGAGAGUGACGUAUAAGGGCUCGUGGACUCGGGGGGGAACCGCUGCAGAGUACAACAACACCGUUAGUAGCUCGACUGUUGUUGGCGACUCUUUCACAGUCUCCUUUCAAGGUAACUCAAUUACCGUGUAUGGCACCAUAGACGCUACAUCAGGAGGCGUGACGACCAAUUAUUUCAUCGACGGCGGCGCCGUCAGCCAAGCCGUAUCACUAGCGGGCUCUAAUGAUACUUACAAACAACAAUUUUGGCAGUCGGAUACUCUUCAGUCUGGCGCGCAUACACUCAACGUCACGAUGGUAAAGGUGAAUGCGGAAUCUCAAUCUGGAGAGGGGACUGUGUGGUUCGAUUACUUCGUUGCGAACUCGACUGGAUCCUCGUCGACGAGCUUGACAACUUCGACAUCUACAACCUCCGCGUCCUCAAUAACGAACUCGGACUCAGCGACGCCGACGCCGACGCCGACGGGUAAAAAGAGCAACCUGGGGGGAAUUCUGGGUGGCGUUAUCGGAGGGGUGGUUUUGUUUCUCAUUUUUUUACUGUGUUUAUGGAGAUACCGGAGGCGAAGGAACAAUUCUGGAAAGGUUGCGCAAUUCAAACCAGACAUCGAUCCUGACCCCUCAUCUCCAACAAGCGCAGACUAUAUCUCACCAUUCGACACCAACUCAGCGAACAUCGACCCAUUCCCUUUGGGCUACAGAGGUAUCGGCUCGAUCGACAAUUCAAGCAGGCUCUCCUCGAGCAGCUGGGCACCUGCCCUGCAGCAAAAAUCUUCCCUUCAUCACGCCACGAACUCAAUGAGCACCUCCAGCCAUGGAAACUUUAGCGUGGACCCAUCUGGGUUCGCUGAAUCUCUCGCGGGGUCUAGUGGUAUCGGCCGGCCAACGUCCGCUGGUGCGAGCUCAAAGUCACGGCAUUUGCUGCGCCAGCCGUCGGAGGUUACUGUCUCGACCUUUUUACCUCCAGUGCAGCACGUUGAUAGUGGCAUGCGUUCGAUUGAUAUGGAGAUGCUUACAAGUCCUCCCGAACUUCCACCUGUUUAUAGUCCGGUGUAG